AUGGCCCCUGUAUUGAGUAGAAGUGUGGCAUCUGCUUCUGUUGCUUCGGUCCCUUACCAAAAGACUUCGUUUUCCGUGAAUAGUGCUAGAAAUGGAUUGGGUUUACUAGGAAGUUCUUUUUUGCCUAGAAAUGGGCUGAGAAGUAGUAACCUUGGGAAGUCCGGGUUAAGAUGGAGGCUGGAGAAGACAGAAAGCAGAGUGGUGGUUAAGUGCGAAGGGGGUGCUGCUGUGGCUGAAAAGGAGGCUACUGAAACGCCCGGCGAAACCCACGAGUACCAGGCUGAGGUUAGUCGCUUGUUAGACUUGAUUGUUCACAGUCUUUACAGCCACAAGGAAGUAUUUCUUCGAGAACUUGUGAGUAAUGCUAGUGACGCUCUCGACAAGUUGAGGUUUUUAAGUGUGACGGAACCUGGUCUUCUUGGUGAUUCUGGUGAGCUGGAGAUUCGCAUUAAACCCGAUGCAGACAAUGGGACCAUCACCAUAACAGACACUGGGAUUGGCAUGACAAAAGAAGAACUCAUAGACUGUCUAGGAACCAUUGCUCAGAGUGGUACUUCUAAAUUCUUGAAAGCCCUUAAGGAAAACAAGGACCUCGGAUCUGACAAUAGUUUAAUUGGUCAAUUUGGGGUCGGGUUCUAUUCUGCAUUUUUGGUAGCUCAAAAGGUGGUCGUGUCCACGAAAAGUCCAAGGUCUGAUAAGCAAUUUGUUUGGGAAGCUGAGGCUGACAGCAGUUCAUAUGUGAUUAGGGAGGAAACUGAUCCUGAAAAACUCUUGACUAGGGGAACACAAAUCACUCUAUUUUUGAGGGAGGAUGACAAGUAUGAGUUCUCUGAGCCUACAAGAAUUCAGAAUUUGGUGAAGACCUACUCCCAGUUUGUUUCAUUCCCCAUCUAUGUAUGGCUGGAAAAAUCAAGGAAUGUCGAGGUAGAAGAAGAAGAGCCACCAAAGGAGGGAGAAGAAACACCAGAAGGUGAAAGGCCCAAGAAGAAAAAGACCAUCACUGAGAAAUACUGGGAUUGGGAGUUGAGCAAUGAGACAAAGCCCAUAUGGAUGCGUAAUCCAAAGGAAGUUGAGAAAGAACAAUACAAUGAAUUCUUCAAGAAGACAUUCAAUGAAUUCUUGGAUCCCAUGGCACAUACCCAUUUCACUACCGAGGGUGAGGUGGAAUUCAGAAGUAUUCUAUAUAUCCCUGGUAUGGCUCCUCUCAGCAAUGAGGAUGUAAUUAACCCCAACACAAAGAAUAUCCGUCUCUAUGUCAAACGAGUUUUCAUUUCAGAUGACUUUGAUGGUGAAUUGUUUCCAAGAUACUUGAGCUUUGUGAAAGGGGUGGUGGACUCAGAUGACCUUCCUCUUAAUGUCUCCAGAGAGAUACUUCAGGAAAGCCGCAUUGUAAGAAUAAUGAAGAAGCGACUCGUGAGAAAAACAUUUGAUAUGAUUCAGGAUCUUUCUGAGACUGAGGAUAAGCAGGAUUACAAGAAGUUCUGGGAGAACUUUGGCAAAUUCCUGAAAUUAGGAUGUAUUGAAGACUCUGGCAAUCACAAGAGGAUAACUCCUCUGUUGAGAUUCCUUUCUUCCAAAAGUGAGGAAGACUUGAUUAGUUUAGACGAUUACAUUGAGAACAUGGGUGAGAAACAAAAUGCAAUUUAUUAUUUGGCAACAGAUAGCUUAAAAAGUGCCAAGACAGCACCCUUCUUGGAGAAAUUGGUUCAAAAGGAUAUUGAGGUAUUGUACCUGAUUGAUCCAAUUGAUGAAGUUGCUAUACAGAAUGUACAGACAUACAAGGAAAAAAAGUUUGUUGACAUCAGCAAGGAAGAUUUGGAGCUUGGUGAUGAGGAUGAAGUGAAAGAGAGGGAGACAAAGCAAGAGUAUAAUCUUCUUUGUGACUGGAUAAAGCAGCAGCUUGGAGAUCAGGUGGCUAAAGUUCAAAUCUCAAAAAGAUUAAGCUCUUCGCCUUGUGUACUGGUUUCUGGCAAGUUUGGUUGGUCUGCUAACAUGGAAAGGUUAAUGAAAGCUCAAACCCUGGGUGAUCAGACAAGCUUAGAGUUCAUGAGGGGCAGGAGAAUAUUGGAAAUUAAUCCAGACCAUCCAAUCAUCAAGGACCUAAAUGCGGCAUGCAAGAAUGCUCCGGAUAGCAAAGAUGCAAAGAGAGUUGUUGAACUCUUGUAUGACACUGCAUUGAUCUCCAGUGGUUUCACACCUGAUAGUCCAGCAGAGUUGGGUAACAAGAUUUAUGAAAUGAUGUCGAUGGCCGUGGGAGGAAGAUGGGGCAGACUGGAAGAAGGAGAGAGCGAGUCAUCUGGCGACAGUUAUGGUGCGACAGAGUCAGAAGGCUCAGAGACCCAAGUCAUUGAACCAUCAGAAGUGAGAACAGAGAACGAUCCCUGGAGUGAAUAA